GGGAGGGAACGAAGCCGAGCGCGGAGCAGGAAGGAAAAGAAACGAAGCAGGAGAGGCUUUGAAUGCUAACAAGCGUUAUAGCUUUAACUACAGUAGUAAGCCGCCGUUGUUUAGCCUAAAAGGUGGAGAGUUUUAGCCGAAAACAUCAAACGAUGGGAGUCGGAGAACUAGUAGCUUACUAGCCCACCACCUGGUAGCCAGCCGAACAGGCGAAGGCUAUGCGCCAGCUGCAGAAUACACCAUCAUCAUCAUCGGUGCCGCUACCUUCAUCUUUAUCAGUUGAAGUGAAAUGUAUUGCCUAGUCUGUAUGGGAGACGGAUCUUACGCUUACUGACCAUUACCAUGGAGAUAGAGAAUAUAGUCGCAAACACGGUGCUGCUGAAGGCGAGAGAAGGUGGAGGAGGGAAGAGGAAUGGGCGUAGUAAGAAAUGGAAGGAGAUGUUGAAGCUUCCCCACAUCAGUCUGUGUGAAGAGCUACGCCGCACCAUCGAUAGGGACUAUACCAGUCUGUGUGAGAGACAGCCGAUUGGUCGAUUGCUGUUCCGUCAGUACUGUGACACCAGGCCAGAGCUCAAACGCUGCAUCGAGUUCAUGGACUCUGUGGCCCUCUACCAGCUGGCUCCAGAUGAGAAGAGGAAGGAUUGCGGAAUAAAAAUGUUAGAAACGUACUUUAAUAACGGGUCGGCAGCCCAUCUGCGAGAUAUACCUCAGGAGUUGGUAGGGGAGUGUCGUGAAAAGCUGGAACAGACGCCCUGCAAGGAACUCUUCAACGACUGCUGCAAGAUUGUUCGGGAGUACCUGAGUGGCGCUCCAUUCUCCUCUUACCAGGAGACGAUGUACUUCUCUCGCUUUCUGCAGUGGAAGUGGCUGGAGAGGCAACCAGUAACCAAAAAUACCUUCAGGCAUUACAGAGUACUAGGAAAAGGUGGAUUUGGUGAGGUGUGUGCCUGUCAGGUCCGGGCUACUGGUAAGAUGUACGCCUGUAAAAAGCUGGAGAAGAAGAGAGUGAAGAAGAGAAAAGGUGAAGCCAUGGCACUAAACGAAAAACGCAUUUUAGAAAAAGUUAACAGUAGUUUUGUAGUUAAUUUAACCUAUGCGUAUGAGACUAAGGAUGCUCUGUGUUUGGUACUGACCAUAAUGAAUGGAGGAGACCUGAAGUUUCACAUCUAUAAUAUGGGGAACUCUGGCUUUGAUGAGCAGAGGGCCGUCUUCUACGCUGCAGAGAUCUGCUCUGGGCUAGAAGACCUGCACCGCGAGAGGAUAGUCUACAGGGACUUAAAACCUGAAAACCUUCUUCUAGACGACCGCGGACACAUCCGUAUCUCUGACCUGGGACUAGCAGUCCAGAUUCCCGACUCAGAGACGAUACGAGGGAGAGUGGGUACCGUCGGAUACAUGGCCCCAGAGGUGAUCCAGAAUGAGGCCUACUCCUUCAGUCCUGACUGGUGGGGUCUGGGCUGUCUGGUGUUUGAGAUGAUCCAGGGUCAGUCGCCCUUCCGCCGGCGUAAAGAACGAGUGAAGAGGGAAGAGGUGGACAGACGAGUGCGAGAAGACCCCGAGGAAUACUCGGACAAGUUCUCUGAGGAGGCCAAGGAUAUCUGCAGACAGCUGCUGGCCAAAGACCCCAAAGCCCGUCUGGGGUGCCAGGGGCGAGGCGGGGUAGAGGUGAAGGCACACACCAUCUUCAAGAACAUAAACUUCAAACGCCUCGAGGCAGGCAUUCUGGAACCCCCCUUCAGUCCUGAUCCCCGAGCCGUCUAUUGUAAAGAUGUCCUGGAUAUAGAACAGUUCUCUACAGUGAAGGGAGUCAACCUGGACCCCACAGAUGAUGACUUCUACCACAAGUUUGUUACGGGAAGUGUCUCCAUACCCUGGCAGAACGAGAUGAUUGAGAUGGAGUGUUUUAAGGAGAUCAAUGUGUAUGAGACAGACGGCCUGCUGUGUUCAGAUCUGGAUGUGAACAGACCCAACCCACCACCAAAGAGAGGAUUCUUCUACCGGCUGUUCAGACGAGAGGCAAGUGCUGCUAGCUCUCCUCCUCCCGCCUCUGCCGUGAGAGGGGGUGGGGGUUAAGGUCUGUUUAAAGAGUGGCUACGAAGACGAAGAGCACGAGGCGCCUUCCCGACUUUAAACCACUCCCCUUCUCCUCCCUCCCUCCUCU